AUGAAUUUAUUAAUUUUCUUCCUACCCUUCUUUUCAACCCUCUUUGUUAGUUAUGUUGUGGGGUUUGAAUUUUUAAAUGAUAUAAGCUGUGCCGAACUGACUACACAAGAUAAUGAAAUAUUAUAUAGCUAUGAUUGGAAAAUUAAAAACUUUCAAGAUUAUUACGAAAUAUCAUCCAAUAUUAUUGCGAGUGACCGGAUUUAUUCUCCAAUUCCGAGUUAUGCACAAAAUAGUCAAGACAAAUAUUUCGAGUGGCGACUUAUUUUAAAUCCGAAUGAUGGAAUGUUUGGGGCCCAUAUCUCUAUAGGCUUAAUUGCUAUACAAACCGAUUAUGAAAAGGAUAUGAAGAUUAAUUUGAAAGAUCGAAAUGCAGAUCAUUUCUUUGAACUAUUUGUAAAUUAUAAUAAUAGCGAUGAGAAAUAUCAAUUUGUAGAGAAAAGUCAAAGACUCAAUUAUUUUCAUUCUUCUAAAUAUGGUGUAUCAUCGGUAGCUCACAACCUUGUUAAAGUCGCAAAAUUAUUUCCAAAUUAUGAUAAGUUGGAUUUGAUCGUUCGAAUUAAUUUUUAUAAAAUUGAAAAUAAUUCGGUACCAUUGCCAAUUGUAAUUAAUCCAUAUGACCAAUAUUUUGACGAUGACGUGUUCAGUGACAUCUUAUUUACUUUUAAUAGUAAUUCUACAAUCAAAGCAUCCAGUAUCUUCCUUGCUACAAAAUCUCCACACUUUAAAAAUUUAUUAGAGGGUGCAAGUAAAUUUGCCAAUAAGAUAAAUAUUAAUAUGGACGGAGUUUCUUAUGAUAGUUUUUAUAGAUUAUUACAUUACAUUUAUACUGGAAAGCUUGACGACAAUUUGGGUUUUGAUGAAUUAUUGGAUUUAUAUAAUGAAGCUAAUUUAAGAGAAAUUCGUGAUUUGAAAAAAUUACUUAGUUGUAGAAUUAUUGGUUUUGUAGAUGAGAACAAUUUGGAUAUCUUGUUUACGUUGGGAUUUACAACAAAAAAUAAUGUGUUGAAAAAUGCCGUUUUAAAAUUUUUUGCUAUUGGUCACACACAUAUAUUAUAUGGUGAUAUUCCUUAUAUAACUUCUUUACCGAAUUUAAGGGAUUUUUUUGAUAUUUUAACGAUUUCAGUGAACCAGUACGAUACAAUUUUCGCGAAACGUACCGGUCAAACGAUUCGUACCGUACCGGUUUUCCAUAUACCCGAAAUGAAUGUACAUGUCCUUAGAAAAUUAGCGUUUCUAAGUAUUUCUAAUUUCUAA